GUGGAGGGGCUGCGUGAACGCGCAGCGCUCUUGAACGCGUCCUGCUCCUCAUUGUGCAGCCGAGGAAACAUCGGAAGGUUUCGACGACGUCGGUAUGAAAUGGCAGAAACUGCCUGUGUCACGGAAGCACUGAGAUUAGGUUACGUAGAAGAUACACAUGUAUGUUGCGGUGAUCCCGGCCUGCUAGUGUGAAGAAAACGACAGUGUAUCUGGACCUAACGAGGAUUAAAGAGCUGUUUUUCCUCCUACUAACCGCCCAGGUUGUGUCUCCGGCGGCAGGCAGCGAGCGGCGACUGCGGGUCGACACUGUCGGAAUUAACCGGAGAGGGGUCUUGAGAGACGAGCUCCACUUGGAUGCCCAGCACAGUGUUCGUCCAAGGCUUCACCAUGAACCGGAACAAGCGUGAAAAGGAGUACUACAGUAUAGAUGUGGGUGAUUCAACUUUUAUGGUUUUAAAGCGCUAUCAGAACCUCAGACCCAUCGGAUCCGGAGCACAGGGUAUUGUCUGUUCAGCGUACGACCACAACUUGGAGAGGAACGUCGCCAUCAAGAAGCUGAGCCGGCCCUUUCAGAAUCAAACUCAUGCAAAACGGGCCUACAGAGAACUGGUGCUCAUGAAAUGUGUCAACCACAAGAACAUAAUCGGCCUAUUAAAUGUAUUCACACCACAGAAGACACUGGAAGAAUUCCAAGAUGUCUAUCUGGUGAUGGAGCUGAUGGAUGCCAACCUCUGUCAGGUGAUUCAGAUGGAGCUGGACCAUGAAAGGCUGUCCUACCUGCUCUACCAGAUGCUGUGUGGAAUCAAACACCUGCACGCUGCAGGCAUCAUACACAGGGACCUGAAGCCCAGUAACAUUGUGGUGAAGUCUGACUGCACACUGAAGAUCCUGGACUUCGGCCUGGCCAGGACGGCCGCCACCGGUCUCCUUAUGACGCCCUACGUGGUGACCCGCUAUUACCGCGCCCCUGAAGUCAUCCUGGGCAUGGGCUACCAGGCCAACGUUGAUGUCUGGUCUGUUGGCUGCAUCAUGGCUGAAAUGGUCCGGGGUAGUGUGUUGUUUCCAGGCACUGAUCAUAUCGACCAGUGGAACAAGGUGAUCGAGCAGCUGGGGACGCCGUCUCAAGAGUUCCUGAUGAAGCUCAACCAGUCAGUGAGGACCUAUGUGGAGAACCGGCCGCGGUACGCUGGCUACAGCUUCGAGAAGCUCUUCCCCGAUGUCCUGUUUCCUGCAGACUCUGAACACAACAAACUGAAAGCGAGCCAAGCCCGAGACUUACUAUCCAAGAUGCUGGUAAUAGACGCGUCAAAGCGGAUCUCCGUGGACGAGGCUCUCCAGCACCCCUAUAUCAACGUGUGGUACGACCCGACUGAAGUGGAGGCACCGCCACCCGUGAUCACAGACAAGCAGCUGGAUGAGAGAGAGCACACAGUGGAGGAAUGGAAAGAGUUGAUAUAUAAAGAAGUGCUGGACUGGGAAGAGAGAACAAAGAAUGGAGUCAUCAGGGGACAGCCGGCGUCCAUAGGUGCAGCAGUGAGCAGCAGCUCCCACCAGCACCACCAGCACCACCCUUCCACUUCCACGUCCUCCUCCUCCUCCGCCAACGACGUCUCCUCCAUGUCCACCAACCCGACCCUGACCGACACCGACAGCAGCCUGGAGACGGCCAGCACCGCCGCCAUUGCUGCUACGGCCACUGGCCCCAUGGGCUGCUGCAGAUGACUAUCAUCUACACCUCCUCCUGGUCCUGGUCCUGGUCCAGGCCACACCACCCUUCCCCCGGUCACAUCCUGGACCAGCAGCCCGACACCGGCUCCUGAUCCCACCCCCUCUGUAUUUCCCUCUUCUCCGUGCUUGUCUUCAGUAGUGUAGCGUUUAGCCAGCUAGCUGUUUGAGAAACAUUUCUGAAAGGACAGAUCUUUUUUUCAAUGACAGUUACGGUCUUCUUUUUUGUUGAAAUUAGGAUUUCUUUUCAUUUGAGUCCUAGCUGUAAUUUAUUGUGGCAUUUCUUAAUUUUUUCAGAAACCUAAGAUAAGAGAAUUUUUAUGAUUUCACUAUGUUGCGGUUUGUAUUGACCGACAGUGAAAAUUUAAAGAAAUAUCUGUAAAAUGUUUUAAUGUGAUCUAUUUUUCUUUUGAAAGUCAUUUUGUUUCACUUGUAAGCUACUGCUUUUACAACUUGCCAUAUAAAUGUAGACUGAGUUUGUACAGAUUUUAUGGUAGAUGUAGUUUUAUCUUCGAUACAAGUUUGCAGUGAGCCAUUGAAACCUAAUUUAAUUGACAAAUGUAUGGUCUUAGUACUCCCCUUAUCUCUUUUAUCCCCCAUAAUCUGGAUAUUGUUUUAAAUUCGUACGACAUGUCCAUGAGAUCAUUCAGAUUUAUUUGUAAAAAGGCUUUUCUUGUGAGUCACUACUACAUCCUACAUUGUAAAAUGUAAUGAAAGCUUUAUCAUUUCCUGAUUCUUCACUUCGCAUUUCCAGUCGGAUUUUCAAAAUGCAGAGAUUGAUUGAUUUUAUCGUCGACAUUUCAGCCACAGGAUUGAUAAUGGCACGGUUAGGUCCUGCAAAAUACCUUCUCGAUGACGGUCUUCUGCAUUUUUAAGUGCUCUAAAGUACCUCUUAUCUGCAACAGGUUGUGCGACAAUAUGGACCCAGAUAGGCGGAAUUGUUUCGGUAACGCUACAGGACUUUGGAAUGUUCGUCAUCGUGCUUUGAGAGGUUUUUUCGAGAUAUAAAGUUGUGUGAGGUUGUGAAGUCGGUGACGGUGCAAGUAGAAUGUGCUUCGGUCAAGUAGGGAAUUGUGAAUUAUUUUUUUUGAGAACGCAUGUGAACGUGUCGAUGUUUGGUGUCUCGGAAGGGAUAGCGAUUCUGCAGCCUGAUGGAACGGUGUGAAAACAUGUCUGCCACCCACUCCCAGAUCUCCAUUAUUAUUAAUGUACUUUUGUGAAUUUGGAAAUCUGAAAAUGAUUUUUUUUUUGUUUGAUAAAAGUUGGCCAAACACUACCAGACUUGCCUGCAUUUGCGAAUGAAGCUAAAAGAAUCAUAGCAGCACCAAUACCAGAGUCAAAUUAAUCUUACUGUAUGCAAUAAUAGUGCCCUUCUUACGUGUAGUAGAUUUUGUUUUGAAAGGAAAAGUGCCUGUUGUUUGUCAUUCAUUCCUGAGUACGUGGAAGGAAGUGUAUUGAUGAUGUGUAGGCUUUUAUGGCGUCCGGAUAACAACAGUAGUUUUCAUGUCAAAACAAUAAUGUAUGAUGGCGUUGUAGUUCUCACAAAUGUAUUGUAUAUUUUUCUACUUGUUUUGAUUUUGAGCAGGAGACUGUAGUGUCUUGCAGGGUAAAGAAGGUGCUGAUGUAUGCAUUGAGGGGCUUAAGCAUGUGUUUGAGUCAUUUCAGAAGAAAAGGCAGGUUUAUCAAGGUCUUUCAUCAAAGUAAAAAGAAGUGUUUCUUUGCAGUGACAGCAACCAAAUUAUCGGUUAACAACAGUUUUUAAAAAUCUUUCCUUUGAGUACUUAUUUAAUGUGAUGAUUGUAAGAUAGAAAAAUUGAAGUUUUUAAGUUCAACUACUGGAUCAAACUAAAGGAGUGAACUCUGUGACUGCAUUAAUGUCAGUAUUUUGUGGAUGGCUUUGGAUAAAGUUGUAUGAAGGCAAUUGAUGUUUUAGUAAUGAAGACGCAUCUGAGAGCCAAACUGCCACAGUGUUUAUGUAACUUGUUUAACACUGGUGGUACUAACUGAAAAAAGCCCGAAUCAUAGUUAUUCAACUUUAAACUCAUCAUAUUAGCUUAUUUCUUGCAGCUAAUCUGCCUGCUCCAAAAUGUUUGCUUCAAUAAACCAUGUCUGCAAGAGGCAGAGUUAAUAUGUGCUGUGCUCUUGCAUGGAUCAUGAGCAGAUGUUGUGGACGAUGACAGCAAAGGAUUAAACGUCACUGUGCUAGGAUUGUUUAAUUGUGUAACACAACUGUUUGUCUAAAACCUGUCUUGGUUUUUGACAUGAAUGUUUUUUUUUUUUUUUUUUAAAGAAGCUCAGAGCAAAGUGGCGAGUUUAUCUUUAAGCUGUAGCAUACACCGUUGCUCUGAGCUGUAAUGUGCUUUGACAACUUGUCUGCCCAAUAUAUCAAGUUAAACACAAAUAUUACUAUUCAUUCAAUGAUGUAAAGUAUUGCUGCACUGUGGCUCCUCCUGUUUCACGUUCUGGACUGGCAUCAGCUAUUUGUUGAUCCAAUGCUAAGUGUAUUACGAACUAAUAACAAAUACCAAGUUUAAAAUUGGUGGUUUACCAAAUCUGGUUGCUUCAUUAAAAUUUAAGAACUGUUUUUGAUCGUAAAAAUUGAAGCAACAGAUAAACUGAUAAAAAUCAUGCUAUAUUAAGCUUCUAAUCCUAUGUAAAUAUAGAUAUUACUUUGUUUUGUCUAUAUAUCCAUUUGUGUGUUGGAUUAAGUUGGAAAUAUGUCAUUACGCUAACCUAAUUUGCCCAUUCAGACUAUAAUCAUUGUCAAAUAUAUUAUUUCAUAGAAUUUAAUUCUUAAAACUCAUGAGUUUACAAGUGUCUAGUCAGAGUAUCGACAUUAUUGCAUUACCGCUUUAAUAUUUCAGACUAAACGGGUUGUCUAUUAACAAACAAGCUAGCCUUGUCACUCUGCUACAUAAUUACUAAUGGCACACGCAAACAUGAGCUUUGUUAUGACAUAGUCAACACUUAACUUGCAAAUAUUAGCAAUCGAAUGUUAACAGCACAACCAAGAAUAUUUUUUAAAUUAGCAAGCAAAUAUGAGUUUCGUCUCUGACCUAUGGAACAAUUAGCAUACAUUUGUAAGCAAGUGUGAAUUGUAUUUGUUAGCUUCACUGCCCUGAGUAUUUUGUUUAUUAGCAGACAAACUCUAGUUUUGUCACUCAGCUACACAACUGUUAAUAUUUAAUAUGUUAACAAGUAAAUGUUACCUUUGCCAGUUAACCAAACAGCUGUUAUUGUUAACAAGCAAUUGCUAGCUUUGUCACUGAACAGCUGGCACAUAUUAUAUGAAGAAGCGAACAUUAGUUCUGUCAGUUAGCUACUCAACUGUUAAUGUUAAACAUAUUAACAAACAAAUGUUAGCUUUGUCUUUUCUGAGUUAUGUAAGGUUUUUGCAAGCAAACAUUAGCAGCGUCAUUUAGCUGUAAAGCCCUUAAAAAAAUUUUAUGCUCGCAAACAUUAAUUAGCUUGUCACUUAACUGCACAACUGUUCACAUUUAAUAUAGUAGCAAGCACACGAUGGUUUUCUCACUAAGCUCCACCGCUGUUUGCAUUUAAUUUGUUAACAAGCUGAUGUUAGCUUUGCUAGUCAGCUAAACAACUGUUAAUAAUCAACAUAUUAACAAGCUUAUGUUAGCUUUGUCAGUUACCUACACAACUGUUAAUAUUUAAUAUAAUUUCAAAGAAAGGUUAGCUGUGACACUAACCUAUGAAACAGUUAGCAUUGAGCAAGGAAAUGUUAGCUGUGUCAGUUAGUUGUGCAGCCUUUACUAUUUUAUGCAUUAGCAGACAAACAUUAGAUUGUAACUUAGCUGCACAAUAUUUAUUAUACUAGCCAGCAAAUGUUGACUUUGUCAGUUAGUUACACAACUGGUAAUGUUUAAUAUAUUAAAAGCUAACAUUAGCUUUUUCAAUUAGCUACACAAUUAUCUUUGUGUCAGAAGUAUUUUAUGUGGUGCAACCUGCUUUCAUUUUGUGAUUUGUGAAUCACCACUUUGUAAACACUUGUCACAAACAGCUGUUGCCAGAGAUCACCAGAAUAAAAGGAGUAAACCACUCCUUUAAACCAUUAAGCUUUAAGCUACAGAGUUAGCAGCUGCAGGGCCAGAAAAUACAGUGCAAAACUAAAAUCAGCCUGCAAUCACUUAUUGUAGCUUCUAACAGCAAAUAAACAAAUUGCCAAGUGGUAAAUAUGUAGUAAUACUAACCAAGACAUAAGCAGUGUCACAAUUUUAAAAAAACGGCAUUAACAGGAAGUUAAACAGUGAUAUGUAUCCAUUUGUCAUAUUAGCUAAAAAAGAAAGGGGAAAAAAAAAAUCUGAAAACCGUUUGUUCUCUAAAGUGCUCUUAAUUUUCUCAGCCCAACAUUAGGGGCACCAAUUGGAGUAUUUUUUUAAUUUUAAUUUUCUUCUUAGGUUGUUGUUGCUUCAUCAUAAUUAUUAUUACAUCUCUCCAAACAAUUUCAGUCUGAUUUAAGUCGGCUUUGAUGAACUACCUCACGCUGAAUUUCUGCCAGUUCUUGCAUAUACUUAGUUGCCUGCAGAAUUAGCUAUCGAAGACGUGUGAAUAACAGAUUCCAUUAUUUAUUUAUUUGAAAGUGUACUAUUUGUCGGUUUCAACAGACUUCUAGUUUUGUACAUUAUGUAUACUUCACCUAGAAGUGAGAGAAUUGUUGUAUGUAUUUUUUUUGGUUCUUUUUAUUUUGUUUUCUUUUUAAACUAAAUGUGCAAUACCUUCAGCAAACUGUGCUAGUAGUAUGUGAUGGGCCUAGCGUUUGUUAGCUGUCUCCUGAAGGUAAAGAAAAUGUUUGGUACUGUCAAUCCAUGUCUUUCUUUUUUUAUGUAUAAGAUCAGUUUUUAUUUCUGUGACUUGUUUAUAGUCAUAAUGUUACGUAAUCGGUCUUGCCCACCAAACAAAUCUGUCGGCCAGAGUUUGAUGCAGAGACCUUAAGUUCUUUGACUCACACGUGGCCGACAGAUUUUUGAUUUGGGAUGUUAAGAAACACAAAAAAGGUGAGUAAAUACCUACAAGAAAUCAUUAUAUGUAUGGUGCUGGUUUGUAAUGUUUGCUAGUGAAUCCAGCCAUGCAAGUAGUUUUAAGAAUUCCUGGAUCUGCGUGUCCCGAAAACCGCAACCAACGAAGAAGUGCACUACUAGAAUACAUGCACUGGGAUCUCAUGAUGCCACCUCUUAAAAAAUGAAACAAAAAAAUAAAAUAGAACAAAAAAACAUGUACUGCAAAUAAAAGAAAUACACUUUGA